UUCUCAUCUCUCCUCUCAGCAGCAGCCUCUCCCGUCACUCUCACUCACUCUCUCUCGUUCUUUCAUCUCGGUGAUCGGCCGGCGCUACACCUUCGGCAAUCCACAUACUCAAAAUACGCUACAGCCUUUAUAUAUAUCACGAACCUCGUCGCAUUCGAGUUUGGGCCACCGCCACCGCCACCGCCUCUCCGAUCGUCAUAAAAUUCCCACUCCCAUCCUUCGAUCUUUCUUCGACAACCACGUCGGAAACCCACCCUUCACUGUCCCAUACUGCGGGAACACCUCUGCUUUUGACUCUCACUCUCGUUCUUUCAUCUCUCUCUGUGGCGACCGGUGAUCGGCCAGCGCGACACCUUCGGCUACACCUGCGGCUGCAAGACCUUCGUUGAGGGGAAAAAAUAUGCCUCUGGGGCUAAUCUUAGGUUUAGGAAGGGCAAUGAGAAGAAAGAAGACAUCAUCACUUGACAUUCUCUCUUCAAAGCGGGGGCCACGGGAUUACUACAAGGGAAAAAACUGCAAGCCAACUGGUUUCCAUACACGAAAAGGUGGAUAUGUAGUGGAGAAGGAAAAAUUGCCAAAUUAUGUUGUCCCUGAUUUAACUGACUUCAAGCUAAAGCCAUAUGUCUCUCAAUGCCCCAUAGAAGUUAAAACUGCUGAGGCUGCUGAUUCUGCCAAACAAGCCUAAUACAUGCAUCUUUGGCCCCUGCCUCUUUUUCUUUUGGCAAAGGAGACAACAAAAAUUUGAAAAACAUAUAAAUGUUAUUUUGAAUAGAAGUGGACAUUUUUGUAAUCCUUCUGUUGCUGGAAUCUUGAACUAUAUCGAUUAAUCUGCUGUGCUUUGUCAAAAAUUGUGUUACCAAUUAUGAUAAAACCGUGGUUGUACAGAAGUUGAAAAAUUCGGGAAACAGUCAAAAAGUAUACUAUAAGAACUUAGAUAACUAAA